AUGGCUGCUCCCGGCUCCCGACCCGAGGAGGGAGCGGGGCUGCCGGGCAUGGGGCAAUUCCGUCUUGACAUCGGCGUCGGGAUAGAUGGUGAUGCUGACCCGGACGACGACUACCGGCCCUCGCCCGACGCUUCGUCUGGGCGAGCGCCUGCUCAGGGACAGCAUGGCGCCGCCGCCGGGGGCCAGUUUGGUAUCCUGGCUCCCCCGACGAUGCUGAGCGGCGCCAUGGAAGGGCACGGCGAUGGGGCGCGGCACGUCUCGUUUGCCGCCGACUCGCACGAGACGCAGCGGAAGAGACCUGGGAAAAUCGUCGUGGAUCCGCCGGAUUUACGCGCCUGGAGGGAGAAGCUCUUCAACGUGGAUUCCAUGAUUGUCCUGACGGACGAGCAAUUCGAGACGUACUUCCCCCACGUGGACAACGUCUACUCGCACCGCUCAACGCAGCGCUACAAGCGCAAGCCGUUUGUCUCGCACUACUGGGACUGCCGGAUGAAGGGCCGGCCGCCGGGGACCCCAAAGUCGGACGACCCGUCCAAGAAGAAGCGCAAGAGGAGCGCGCGCGAGCGGGACCUGUGCGACGUCAAGAUCCGCAUCACCGAGUACUUCCCCAACGCCAGCGCCUACGUCGACCGCGAGGCCGCCGAGGCCGUCGCCGCGGCUGGCGCCGCGCUGCCUGCCGGGCAGAGGUUCUGGACGAUUCAGCGCGUCAAUGGGAACGGCGGGAACGGCAAGGGCGACGGGGUGGCCGGUCCGCACCGGCACACGCUCGAGACAAGCGACGAGAUCAAGAAGAAUAGCGUGCAGCGCCAUGUGGCGAAGCAGGAGAAACAAGCGAGGCAGAUGCAGAAGGGCCGCGCGCCGCUGAGAAAGGCAACUGGUACGGCGGCGACGCUUGUGAAGAAGCAUGCAAAAGAGCACGAUCUGAAGCUCUACUCCUCCUGUUUCUGGUACGUCCGUCCCCUUGCACAAGUCGUGCCCGUGGAGCAAAAUUCGCUAAGCUGGCGCAGCCCCUUCUCCCAAAGGGUGUGGAUAGCCCUCGAGGCCAAAGGCCUAUCCUAUCAAUAUUGCGAGACCGACCCGUCCAAGGCUCCUCCCGCCGCGCCCAGCGAGACGGUACCGGCCAUACGUCACGACGACUGGUCUUGUUCCGAGAACGCCGUGAUCCUCGAAUACCUCGAAGAUGUAGACGCGAGGACGCCUCUCCUCCCCUCGGAUCCGAAACUGAAAGCCAGAUGCCGCCUCUGGAUAGACCAUGUCAACUUUCGCAUCGUGCCCGCUUUCUACGACCUACUGUUCUCCCGGGAUCCACCAUCCCGGAGCGAAUCUACCCGCCGUCUCCAGAGACAUAUCGCUAGCCUCGUUAUCGCUGCCGACGAACAGGGUCCCUUCUUUACAGGGUCGGCACUGAGCCUCGUGGAUAUUCACUUUGCGCCGUUUGCUUUACGUCUGUCCAGGAUACUGAGGCCGCUGAAGGGCUGGACGGACCCCAUGCCGGGAACAAGGUGGAAUAGAUGGUUGGAUUCGUUGGAAAGAAAUGUGCACGUCAAGGCAACGACGAGCUUGGAUGACUUGUAUGUUAGUACGGUGGGGCUCCUUGCUUGGAGGGCUCAAUAA